GCGGCGCUGAGGCGGGCGGGCGCUGAGGCGGCCGUUUCCUGUCCUGGUGCAUGGUGGUCGGACGGAGGAAUUGUUGGAAAAUUUCUCGGCGAGGUUCCUGCUGACAAAAUUGCUGGCAGGAGGUUUAAAGAAAAAGCUUAAUGAUACAGACACACAGAAAUAAAAGCAAUGAGGUGGAUUAAGGAAAGAAGUUGGUGAGACUGGAAGAAAGAUGAAGACAAAUUUGCUGGAAGCAGAGGACAAAGCAGCAUAUAAGCCAGUUAGCAGAAAAGGUUGGGAGGAGGGUGACUAAAGCUGAGGUAAGGAGAGAAUUGAAUUUGGAAACAGACUGAUUUCAAAAAACACAAGAUACAAUAGGAGACAAUUUGCAGGAUGGAUGAUGUACCAACAGCAUGGUGACACUGUUUUAAAUGUAUGCAAUAUCAAAAUUACUAGAUAUCAGAAUAGUUCAAGUUGGAAGGGAUCUGCAGAGGUUAUUUAGUCCAGCCCUGAUCAAGGCAGGUCCAAUUAGACCAGGUUGCCCGAGGCUGUGUUAACCAACUUUAUGUCUUUAGUUCUUUCCCCAUCCUCUUUGUCAGAGCACAUAGUCCUGCCUGAUUACCCCGUCUUCUCCACUGGGGAGGAAGAAGAGAGGCUGAAAGUGAGCAGCACAUCCACUUUUGGCUGAGGGUACUGCUCCCUGCACAGCAGAGUGACAGAGCACAACUGUGUCAUCACCAAAGAAACUUGGCAGUUGUCUACAAUGACUAGCUUCCUCUCUACUUCCCCAAAAUUGAGAGAAGAGACAUAAAAGAUCUGGAGGAAGGAGUAUUCUAUUUCAAGGCAGUAUAUCGAAGAUGCUAAGAGUUUCUUAAAAGGUAGACAAUGUUAUUAGCUCAGAUAAAUCGAGACUCUCAGGGAAUGACUGAAUUUUCUGGAGGAGGAAUGGAGGCCCAGCAUGUGACUCUUUGUCUCACAGAAGCUGUAGCUGUGCAAGGUGAACCUUCAGAUGGUGACAACUUAGAAAACAUGGAAGGUGUAAGUUUGCAAGCAGUUACACUUGCUGAUGGCUCCACUGCUUACAUACAGCACAACUCUAAAGAUGGUAAAUUAAUGGAUGGCCAAGUGAUUCAAUUAGAAGAUGGUUCUGCUGCUUAUGUUCAACAUGUAUCCAUGCCUAAAAGCAGGGACAGCUUGCGUCUGGAAGAUGGACAAGCAGUUCAGCUGGAAGAUGGAACUACAGCAUUUAUCCAUCAUACCUCAAAAGACAGUUAUGACCAGAGUGCAUUACAAGCAGUCCAGCUGGAGGAUGGAACUACUGCCUACAUCCACCACACGGUGCAGAUGCCACAGUCAGACACCAUCUUAGCCAUUCAAGCUGAUGGCACAGUGGCAGGUCUUCAUACAGGAGAUGCUGCCAUUGACCCAGAUACCAUCAGUGCUUUGGAACAAUAUGCAGCCAAGGUGUCUAUUGAUGGAAAUGAUAGUGUUAGUGGUACAGGAAUGAUAGGUGAAAAUGAACAAGAGAAAAAAAUGCAGAUUGUUUUGCAAGGACAUGGAACAAGAGUGACUGCAAAAUCUCAGCAGAGUGGAGAGAAAGCCUUUCGCUGUGAUUAUGAUGGCUGUGGAAAACUGUACACAACAGCUCACCAUCUUAAGGUGCAUGAAAGGUCACACACAGGAGACAGACCGUAUCAGUGUGAACAUCCUGGAUGUGGCAAAGCAUUUGCAACAGGUUAUGGGUUGAAAAGUCAUGUCCGAACACACACGGGUGAAAAGCCUUAUCGGUGCACGGAAGAAAAUUGCACCAAAUCAUUCAAGACUUCAGGAGACCUGCAGAAACAUAUCCGAACCCACACAGGUGAAAGGCCCUUUAAGUGUCCAUUUGAAGGAUGUGGCAGGUCAUUCACAACAUCUAAUAUUAGAAAGGUUCACAUCAGGACACAUACAGGCGAAAGGCCUUAUUACUGUACAGAGCCAGGAUGUGGGAGAGCUUUUGCCAGUGCAACUAAUUAUAAGAAUCAUGUGAGAAUACACACAGGGGAGAAGCCCUACGUCUGUACAGUUCCUGGGUGUGAUAAACGUUUUACAGAGUAUUCCAGUUUAUACAAACAUCAUGUUGUACAUACUCAUUCCAAACCAUAUAACUGUAAUCACUGUGGGAAAACAUACAAGCAGAUAUCUACACUUGCUAUGCACAAGCGGACAGCACACAAUGACACAGAGCCCAUUGAAGAAGAACAAGAGGCUUUUUUUGAGCCACCCCCAGGUCAAGGUGAAGAUGUUCUCAAAGGCUCCCAGAUAACAUAUGUGACUGGUGUAGAGGGAGAAGAUGUAAUUUCUGCACAGGUUGCUACAGUUACUCAGUCAGGAUUAGGUCAACAAGUAGCACUAAUAUCCCAGGAUGGAACCCAACAUGUCAACAUAUCCCAGGCAGAUAUGCAGGCCAUAGGCAAUACUAUCACUAUGGUAACACAAGAUGGCACCACCAUCACAGUCCCUGCCCACGACGCUGUCAUCUCUUCUGCAGGAACACAUUCUGUAGCGAUGGUUACUGCAGAAGGCACUGAAGGGCAGCAGGUUGCUAUUGUGGCUCAAGACUUAGCAGCAUUUCACAGUGCCUCAUCAGAAAUGGGACACCAGCAACAUGGGCACCAUUUAGUGACUACAGAAACUAGACCUGUUACAUUGUUGGCUACAUCCAAUGGAACGCAAAUUGCAGUACAGCUUGGAGAACAACAGUCUCUGGAAGAAGCCAUUAGAAUAGCCUCCAGAAUACAACAGGGUGAAACACCAGGGAUUGAUGAUUAACUUCUAGAACUGCUACCAGAACAAUAGAGUGAAAGGUAUUUUAUUUUCAAUCAACAAAGGUCCAUGCCAGCAGCAACCCAUAAGAACUUUGAAGUUCCCCGCUCAUUGAUACUGUGUACACAUUUUAUGCAAGAGCGAAGAACGUUUUGUAAGUUUUGUGUACAUAACCCUUGGAAUGGACUGACAUCAUCUACUUCCAACCAUUGUAUAUUCAGGACUAUGGAAUUAGGAUUAUAUAGUAAAUUUCUUUGUUAUCCUUUCAUCAGAUUUCAGACUGGUCUACAAGCAAGUCAAAUAUUAAAUAGAAGGAUUGGAAUUAAUUUUUAAUGUUAUGUACAAAUAAUGAAGGCAUUACUGAAGAUUUCAGAUGCUUAAAAUACUAUUAAAAAUUAUCAUUUCAGGAACCCCUACAAGUAAUAAAGGUGACAAAGCCUUUUAAAAUUGCAUUCCAUAAAUGGAAAAGUUUUUGAUUUUGAGCCUACUGUAAAUUUUCAUAUUUUGAUUUGUUUCAUACAGAUUUGAGUACUCUUUAGAUGAUCACCCCAUCUCAUUCAUUGUAAAUACAGACUGUUAAUGCUGGAAGUGCUAAUUAUAUUAUCUUUAAAUUGCAUUAUGUACAAAGGAGAAACUUUGGUUGUUCAAUAUUAAAGGAAGUAAAUCUAA